CUGCCCCUAAGUAUCGCGUCCUCCGCUUUUAAGUGCCGCGUCCGCCGUCGGGGUUGCAACCGGCGCCGCCGCCGAGGAAGCUGCUGUAGCCCGGCCCGGAGUGGAGGCGGCGCGGCAUGAAGCGGCGCAGGCCCGCUCCGUAGCGCGCGCGCGUCAGGACGGUCCGGGCGGGGCCGGGGGGGAAGAAAAAUGCAACAUGGCAGCAGCAAUGGAAACAGAACAGCUGGGUGUUGAGAUAUUUGAGACUGCAGAGUGUGAGGAGAAUAUUGAAUCACAGGAUCAGCCUAAACUGGAGCCGUUUUAUGUUGAGCGAUAUUCCUGGAGUCAGCUUAAAAAGCUGCUUGCUGAUACCAGAAAAUAUCAUGGCUACAUGAUGGCUAAGGCACCACAUGAUUUUAUGUUUGUGAAGAGGAAUGAUCCAGAUGGGCCUCAUUCAGAUAGGAUCUAUUAUCUUGCCAUGUCUGGUGAAAACAGAGAAAAUACACUAUUUUAUUCUGAAAUUCCUAAAACUAUCAACAGAGCAGCAGUCUUAAUGUUGUCUUGGAAGCCUCUUUUGGAUCUUUUUCAGGCAACACUGGACUAUGGAAUGUAUUCUCGAGAAGAAGAACUAUUAAGAGAAAGAAAACGCAUUGGAACAGUUGGAAUUGCUUCUUAUGAUUAUCACCAAGGAAGUGGAACAUUUCUGUUUCAAGCUGGUAGUGGAAUUUAUCAUGUAAAAGAUGGAGGGCCACAAGGAUUUACCCAACAACCUUUACGGCCCAAUUUAGUGGAAACUAGUUGUCCCAACAUACGGAUGGAUCCAAAAUUAUGCCCAGCUGAUCCAGACUGGAUUGCUUUUAUACAUAGCAAUGAUAUUUGGAUAUCUAACAUUGUAACUAGAGAAGAAAGGAGGCUCACCUAUGUUCACAAUGAGUUAGCUAACAUGGAAGAGGAUCCUAGAUCAGCUGGAGUUGCUACCUUUGUUCUUCAAGAAGAAUUUGAUAGAUAUUCUGGCUAUUGGUGGUGUCCAGAAGCUGAAACAACUCCUAAUGGCGGUAAAAUUCUUAGAAUUCUAUAUGAAGAAAAUGAUGAAUCAGAAGUGGAAAUUAUUCAUGUUACAUCCCCUUUGUUGGAAACAAGGAGAGCAGAUUCAUUUCGUUAUCCUAAAACAGGCACAGCAAAUCCAAAAGUCACUUUUAAGAUGUCGGAAAUAAUGGUUGAUGCUGAAGGAAGGAUUACAGAUGUCAUAGAUAAAGAACUAAUUCAACCUUUUGAGAUUCUCUUUGAAGGAGUUGAAUAUAUUGCCAGAGCUGGAUGGACUCCUGAGGGAAAAUAUGCUUGGUCCAUCCUACUAGAUCGUUCGCAAACUCGUCUACAGAUAGUAUUGAUCUCGCCUGAAUUAUUUAUCCCAGUAGAAGAUGAUGCUAUGGAGAGACAGAGACUCAUCGAGUCAGUGCCUGAUUCUGUGACACCACUCAUUAUCUAUGAAGAAACAACAGACAUCUGGAUAAACAUCCACGACAUCUUUCAUGUUUUUCCCCAAACUCACGAAGAUGAAAUUGAGUUUAUUUUUGCCUCUGAAUGUAAAACGGGUUUCCGUCAUUUAUAUAAAAUCACAUCCAUUUUAAAGGAGAGCAAAUAUAAGCGAUCCAGUGGUGGGCUGCCUGCCCCAAGUGAUUUCAAAUGUCCUAUCAAAGAAGAAAUAGCAAUUACCAGUGGUGAAUGGGAAGUUCUUGGCCGGCAUGGAUCUAAUAUCCAGGUUGAUGAAGUCAGAAGACUGGUAUAUUUUGAAGGCACCAAAGACUCUCCUUUAGAACAUCACCUGUAUGUGGUCAGUUAUGUAAAUCCUGGAGAGGUGACAAGGUUGACUGACCGUGGCUAUUCCCAUUCUUGCUGCAUCAGCCAGCAUUGUGACUUCUUUAUAAGUAAGUAUAGUAACCAGAAGAAUCCACACUGUGUGUCCCUUUACAAACUUUCAAGUCCUGAAGAUGACCAUACUUGCAAAACAAAGGAAUUCUGGGCCACCAUUUUGGAUUCAGCAGGUCCUCUUCCUGACUAUACCCCUCCAGAAAUUUUCUCCUUUGAAAGUACUACUGGAUUUACAUUGUAUGGAAUGCUAUAUAAGCCUCAUAAUCUACAACCUGGGAAGAAAUACCCAACUGUGCUGUUCAUAUAUGGUGGUCCUCAGGUGCAGUUGGUAAAUAAUCGCUUUAAAGGAGUCAAGUAUUUCCGCUUGAAUACCCUCGCUUCUCUGGGUUAUGUGGUUGUGGUGAUCGACAACAGAGGAUCCUGUCACCGAGGGCUUAAAUUUGAAGGUGCCUUUAAAUAUAAAAUGGGUCAAAUAGAAAUUGAUGAUCAAGUGGAAGGACUCCAGUAUCUAGCCUCUCAAUAUGAUUUCAUUGACUUAGACCGUGUGGGCAUCCAUGGGUGGUCUUAUGGAGGAUACCUCUCCCUGAUGGCAUUAAUGCAGAGAUCAGAUAUCUUCAGGGUUGCUAUUGCGGGAGCCCCAGUCACUCUGUGGAUCUUCUACGAUACAGGAUACACGGAACGUUAUAUGGGUCACCCUGACCAGAAUGAACAGGGCUAUUACUUAGGAUCUGUGGCCAUGCAAGCAGAAAAAUUCCCCUCUGAACCAAAUCGUUUACUACUCUUACAUGGGUUCUUGGAUGAGAAUGUCCAUUUUGCACACACCAGUAUAUUACUGAGUUUUUUAGUGAGAGCUGGAAAACCAUAUGAUUUACAGAUCUAUCCUCAGGAGAGACACAGCAUAAGAGUUCCUGAAUCUGGAGAACAUUAUGAACUACAUCUUUUGCACUAUCUUCAAGAAAACCUUGGAUCACGUAUUGCUGCUCUGAAAGUGAUAUAAUUUUGACCUGUGUAGAAUACUGAUAUACACUGGCUAUUUAACCAAAUGAGGUUUAAUCAAUAAGAGAACACAGAAUUGAUCAUCAUAUUUUAUACCUGCCACAUAACAUCUACUUCUCAAAGUAAAUUUGGUGACAUAUAAGCAUCUACAGCUUGUGGAUAGUAAUCUAAUAACUGUACACACACAAAAUUGAAUGAUUCAUAUGUCUAAGGGAUCCAGCAAUACCACAAGAAAUACUGAAAUAAGACAGUAGCACCACAUAUCCAUACUACCCUAUUUUCACUUUUAAUAGCAUUAUAAACCUCAUGGACUUAAUUAGUGUAUUUUUACAAUAUACUUCUGAGUUUAUUAAAAUAUGAUGACAUUAGUGAUCAGUUUGGUUCAAUUCCAGAAUCUCUGACUAGUUACGGAUUUGAUAGCACUUAAAUGUAAUUGAAUAGCUAUGCUUCAUUGCUUGAGGUGUAUCCAGCAUGUUAUGAACUAAUCACUAUUCAACCUAUGACUUAACCAGUCAUUAAUGAUUUUUUAAGAUAACUUAGUGGCCUACUAAAGAUACUUAUUUUGGCUUCUGACCAGUUUUUAGCCAAUUUAAACUGUAUCUAGUAUAAAUGAUUCUCUUUUUUCUUCAAUGAGAUGACAAAGUACGUUUUUCCUUUCACAUAAAGGCAAAGAACUGUAUAUAUAGCAUGGAUUUAAUUAGUCUUAUGAUGUUGAUAAUUAUAGACAGAAAAUUUUAAUCAGAUGAUUAGAGCUUAAAUAUUUGCAGGCAAGAUUUUUUUUUCUCCUUCCUUUAGGAAAAGAAAAAAGUGCACAUUCCCUUGCAGUCAGAAAAUUUGGUGGUGCCAGUUUCCUUGUGAUAUUUCCCUAUUAAAAUGUUUCAGGGGGCUUGGGUUGUGGCUCAAUGGCAGAGCACUUGCCUAGCACAAGUGAGGCACUGGGUUCAAUCCUCAGCAUCACUUACAAAAAAUAAGCAAAUAAAAUAAAGGCAUGCUAUCCAUCUACAAUUAAAAAAAAAUAUGUUCCAGAAUUUAGGGAGGUGGAAGGAAUCACGUGGUGUAGGGAAAGCCAGGGAGUGGAGAAUGACAGGGAGAGGAGGUGGUAAGGGUCUACUUAAGAACUAAGCACAAGUAGGUUAAACAGAAAUACUCAUGAAAAAAUUGGAAAGUGAAAUUUGAACUACUAGAAUAUUAGGAAACCAGAAUUAAGAAAUCACUCUGUUGUCAACAGAGCUUCAGACUAACAUCAUUCAGGGGAGGAAAACUUCCUUAGAGUUAUUUUUAUAUUCCAGGGUUUUUUGUUGUUUUGUUAUUUUUCCUCUUAAUUUUAGAAUUCUUUCAGAUUUAAACUUUACCUUUAAAUUAUUGAACAUAAUUUAGGUAUUGUGAGCUUAAAAUAAAAAGGUUUCCAAACAACCCCUUUACCAUAAACAAACUCCUGGCAAGCCAUAGCUUUUUGUUUCAGAGUUUAAAGCCUAUGAAUAGUUUUUUUUUUUUUUUUUGAAAGGCCAUGACAUUUUGUGGGUUUAGCCUUCACACUUGACUGAAGGGAGCUCAUAGACUUUUAAGUACUGGUUGAGAUCUGUCCUCAUAAGGUUUUCGGGUACUGUGGGACCCAUUGAAACCAGAGACAGGAAGGGCAUCUAUGAGUUUGACCCUUUUUAUUACAAGCUUCAGUAUUUAAAAAGUUAUUACUAGUACUUUUAAAUCACUCCAAGAAAAAUUUCUCUAUUUCUUUUUCACCACUACAGAUAGUAUACAUUAAUUCUACAGGGGGUACAUAGUAUACAUUAAUUCUACAGGGGGUACAGCCUGCCUUAGUGAGGACCUUGGCUGUGCACCAAAGGUGGACUUGAUUGAGGGCCAGGUGAGAGGCAGAGGAGACGCUGAAAUGGCAGGGUGACCUGGUGGUUCUGACCUUGGAGAAGGGGGAUUGGGUUUUGCUGGUUGUGUAUUUAUUCUGUAUAAUAGAUUUCAUACUUUUCUUUAUUAUCUGUGUCUGUAUUGAUUUUCAUGUUUAUAAUGUUUUCUCAUGCCAAUAUUUGUUAAUAUUUUUUCAGUGUUAAAUUAAAUUGAUUUGGGUAACUUUUCUUCCCCAAGAAAGUAUUUUCCCUCAUGACUUAAGUAUAUAUCUGACUGUUGGAAGAUGGUAUUUUUUGGAGUGGUUGACCUCUGAGGGUCUAUCCUUAUAUGCAAAGUAGAAAUGGCAUAAAAUAGCUUUUUAGAAAGCUACUCAUUUGAAACCUCUUUCCCAUUGAGGUUGUUUCUUCAAUAUAGCAUCUCUUAUUUUACCAAAACAAACAAACCUUAUAAAACCUCAUAUGUUCUUGAAUUCACAGGUGUUUUCCUUUUCCAUUUUGCCUUUUUUCCUCCUAUCACCAGGAAUGUUCCUUUUAUAGCUCCCAGUUACUUAAAUGCCAUUCUACUUCUCUAGGGGGAGAAAAUACCUGGCUGAAUUUGUUUUUACAACCUGUAUAGAAAACAUAGUAAAUUUCUCUGUACCCUGACUAUGGGUAACAAUAGUUAUAGAAAGUAACAAAAAAAGUAGUUUUGUAAGAGCUUAAAAGCAUCAGGUUAAACACCAACCUAGGUUUUUGUAGGCUUGAUAAAUGAAUAGCAAUCACCCAAUGCAGUUGCUUAAACUUUGUAGAACAUUAUAACCCAAAAUCGAAGAUUCAUGUGGGGUGCUUACUGAAAGAAAUGCAGUCUUGAGCCUUACUCCUAAGAAAUUUGUAUUCCAUUGAUUUGGGUAGAGAUCAGGAAUGUGCAUUUCUAGCAAGCUUUCUAGGUGAUGCCAAAUCAAAUCACUCUGGACUAUUUUAAGAAAUGUGUUGGGGGGCUGAGGAUAUAGCUCAGUAGCAGAGCUCUUGCUUAACUUGUUCAAGACCCUGGGUUUGAUCCCUACAGCUGGAAGAAAAAGAAACUCUCUAGAGAAUGGGAUUGGAUUAAGAAAAUUAUAGGGAAUUUUUAUAUUGGACUGACUCAUAAGAACUUAAAACAAUAGUCAGGAAAGCUGCUGAUGUGUGUUAACUGUUGGUUCCUUUUCAUUCUGAAAGUAGCAGAAGAAAUUAACUUCGUAUCCCUUUUGUCUAGAGAUUCAUUUUGGAAUGAAGGUUUUUCCCUCAAUGCCAUUCAUUCCUGGCUCUUUUUCAAAGGCUCACACAAGAAUAUAACAUCACAAUACAUGCAUUACCUUUUAAAAUAAUGAAAUAUAGAUAAUGAUGCUUGCUCUUUUUUUUUCCUACUUGUUUUAUUCCUUACAGAAGGUGUAUCCCACCUUUCUAUAACACGAUUCUCUCUAGGUGGAAUGAUUCCAGUAAGAUUUCAUUAUUAUAGAAUCAUAAGUUUUCAAGCUGGAGUAAAUCUUGGAUUAAUUUACUAUUCUCAUUCGUUAGAGGAGGAACCUACAUACUACAGAGAGGAAGUCACACAGACAGUUAGUAUUUGGUUGGUACUAAAUUCCAUCUAGAUAUCCUGCCUCGUGGUAGUUAAAUGAUAUAUAGAAAAGGCAGAUUUUUAAAGAUGUAUUUAUUAAUAUGUUCCUAUAAAACAUUUUAAAAGUAAACCACAUAAAAUGGUUAAAUUUUCCAUCCUAAAGUAAAUGCUAAGCAUGCUUAUUAAUGAAGCAAUACUUCUAAUUAGUAUUUGAGAUUCUGAAGUUAAUUAAACUUAUUACACUAAAUAUGUUUUCCUUGGUGUAGUAGGGGGUUUGGUGAUUGGGAUAUAGAGUAGACCCCUUGCUUAAGCCCAAAAGCCCAUCUUAUAGCAAUUUGAUAAAAAGAGACAUGGCUGUAAAUUAAGAUAUGUAAUGUGAGUGUCCUUUCCCUGCAGAUAAUGAAGGAAUAAGGAAAUUUCCCUUACCCCAGCCUUCCCAACCCUACCUAUACACUUUCCAGCCAAAAAUAUUGACUCAGAUGUCUUAGUACAAGGUGCUGGGAUCUAGGAAAUUGUUUUAAAAGUCCCUCACAGAGAAAAAGUCAUAUUUGUAUGUAUUUAUGUUUUUACAUAACCCAAAUACAAAUUUAUGUUAUAUUCAGCAACAUUGGAGUUCAGUUCUUCAUAGAGUAUAAAGUGCCUGCUGUUUUAAGCAUUGACUUGUAUGAAAUGAAUUGCAUGUCUCAUUCCAGUAAGUUUAUGGGUUUUUUCAUUUUCAGCUACAUGGCUUUCAAUCAUGUAAAGUGAAAUAUUAGUUUUGUUGCAUUUUAUUACAGGUUCUUGGUUGCAAUAAAGAUGCUGCUGAAAUUAA